CCAAACCGGUUGCAAAAGGAAAGCAGACACCGACAGGACUCGUGGUGUGUACGGAGUAUUUAGCACUGAACUGACACCGAGUGCACGUCGUUGGAAUGCCUAUUUGUUGAUUUGGAUGUGCACUCGACGUUCGCGAUAGUAUUCACAUAGUCAUGACUACUGCGUGCGGAUUAUUAUUUGUGCUCCUGCUGUGCGCCGCAUCGCUGGUUCGCUCGGAUGCUCGGUUGAAUGGGAAGGUAGAUCUGACAUCGUGCUCGGAAGUCCGGGAGCUCUUCUCUACAAACCUGCGUGGUGAUGAGGUGUCCACGGACCUUGUGCCCGAAUCAAAGAUAUCAGGUGCUUCUCUGUCGAUAUGCCGGAGCGGCCAGAGCUGCUGUACCCCAGCUGCUGAACAGGAACUCCAUCGCUGGUCCAUACAGCGGUUUCGAGUUCUGCUGCGUGGGACCACGACGACCCUGGUGGACUUCCUCAGGGACUCUGCGACCUCGCUCAAGGAGAGCUUCCGGCACAUGCUGUCCCAAGCAGAGCACAACACUAUGUUGCUCUUCUCCAAUGUCUACACCCAGCGCAUGGAAGCCGCGACAAGGGAGCCCGUUCGCAGGCUCUUCUCCGCUCUCCAGCAUUACCUUUUGCCUCACCACACUGGCGAUCACAAGGCAGGUCAUCACAAGGCACAAGAGGAGAUCGACCUGGACGGCGAGCUGGACAGGUUCUUCGACCACCUGUUUCCGCUCGUCUAUUUUCACACGGUCAACCCCAAGCUGAACGACUUCAGCGAGGACUACAAGGCCUGUCUUAGAGGAGCACAGCGGCAGCUCCGACCCUUUGGAGAUGUGCCCAAUCGCAUUCAGGAGAGGCUGUCCAAAUCACUCAGUGGAGCACGGACAGUACUCAGGGUUGCGCUGGGUGCACAAGAGGUUGUAACCACUGCUGGGAUGUUUCCUGACACUGCAGCUGAAAGCUGCGCAUAUGCCAUUACACGGACCAUAGGCUGCCAGGUGUGUGGAGGGUUUCCCAAGGCUCUCCCUUGCCGAGGUCUGUGCCUCAACACCUUCCGAGGAUGCCUGGCCGGCGUGUACGAACUCGACGAGCCGUGGGACGAGCUCGUGACGGGCCUCGGACGACUUGUACCCCGCUUGGCUGACUUCCACGACCCGGAGGACGUGCUGUCCAAGCUAGACUCCCGCAUUUCUGAGGCCGUUAUGCAUGCCAUGGAGAAUGGACCAGAGCUCUUAAAAAGGGUGAAACUAGAAUGUGGUGACCCUCGCCGUCGGACGGGCAACGCGACUUCCGACGAGCAAAGGUCACCGCGCUGGGCUUCACCGUCCAGCUUACGGGCACCUGCAGAGACGUUACGAACUCGCUUGCGGCACCUGUACACGCAACUGACCCAUUCCAAGGACAUCUUCUCGACGCUGGCUGACAAGAUGUGCUUCAACGAAAGCGUCACAGCUACUGAUGCUAACGCUUGCUGGAACGGACGUCGCUUCGCAAAAUAUAGGAAGAAAGUUGAACCAGCUACAUCUCGUUUCAAUGCUGAAGUCAAUCACACUGCUACACUGUGGGACUCUGAACUGGAUGUAGCAGCUGAGAAACUGCGGGCUGUUACUAAGGAGGUUCUUACCAAUCGUAUCACCAUGAUGCCCGAGUCGGAUUCCUACACCAUGGAGGGCAGUGGAAGUGGGAGUGGUGCUUGGGUACACGGUGGAGUGACGGACGAUGAAGACUUCAAUGGGGGUUCUGGUAGUGGACAUGGUGAGGGCUCGAUGCCUUCCGAAAAUCCGAGGAAACUCGACGUCCCGACAACUCCGCCCCCAAAGACUGCCAGCAGUUCGACCGCAACGGCGGGAUCGAUGGCGGUCGUGUUGCUGCUGGCCUACUUCACGUUGAGGCUCGGCUCUACGCAAUGAACAGCUCUGCAGAAUGCACGGACACCAACGGAUGUGUGGAACUGCUCAGGAAGCAGUGGCAUGCUUCUACCACAUUGUGAUAACGACUCUGCCCUACGUGCUCUCUGCGGAAUAUAUUUAUACGAAUAAGUGUGUGCGGGAACACGGUGUGUGUGCCGCCACGGAGACCACAGACUCCUUGACGUGUUAUCUUCGUGACGACGGUUACCGUCUCCGCGGGAUGCACGACGCUUUAUUUUGUUUCCUUGGCAAACUCCGCUCUUUCGUGUCGGAUUCGACGGUUUUUCUAAACAAGACCGAGCGCGUCCUCGGUCUUCUUCUUUUUUUUUUUCCCUGGUACGCAGGUUACGCUUUUUUAGGAACAAGUUUCAUUUUGCUUUUUUUAGUUUUUUACGCGAUAGAACUUCUAAUAUACUGCUGAGAAUACUUUAGCACUUAUAUACUGUGACAUAUAACUUAAGAAGACUGCAGCAGGACUGGAGUAGUGCAUGUAUAAAUCUAUUUGCUUUUAUGCUUGGUGUCUGCUGUGAUGAAUUGGGAAGUUCUUUUUUGUUUUUUGUUUUUUUUGUUUGCAAGUCAAGACUGUCUUUGGAGUGAGACGUGUGUCGAUUGUGUGACACACGCGGUAGGGAAAAAAAAAUUGUGGAACCUAGCGUGCGAACGGUACAUGAGCCCAGUACAUAGUGUCUUUCCUUCCAAGGUUUAUCAAUGGAGCCUGAAGUUUUCGGGAAAUAUUUUUUUCUAAAUUCGGGGGAGUAAAAAUCGGGUAAAUAAGCGUGAUCUGAAUUCAUGCAAAUUUGGGUGGAAAAACUUCCGGUACGGUAAAUUCAAGGAGAAAUCUGGCUCAGUUACCCCAACUAACUCAAUUGGUUCGGCACAAACGGUGAUGUAACUGCGUUUGCUGCCAAACAAGUUAAGUGUGCAUUCCUACAGACGUCUCAUUGAGGGUGAUUUGCCGGGUAAAAAAAUCGGGUUUCACCCUAAAGAUGCAACCUUCGAUUCCGGGUGCAAAUUCGGGGAAGAACCGGGUUAAACCCUAAAACUUCAGGCUCUAUUUAUCAACAGUGGCGUGAAAUCUGAUAAUAUAUUCCAAAGAUUACGAGGUUGCUCGUAACCUGAUUUCACUACUUAGGCAGUAUAUUGCAAUUCAAGUGCAUCUACGCAUAAAUUUUUUCAUAGCUUAGAGUAUUAGAUCAAAUGUUAGAAAAAGGCUGUCAGAAUGAAACAGCAAUGAUAAGGAAUGAUAUGCAAAUGAGUUGGUUGGAUAUAUACCGAACUCGGAAGAAAGUAUGCGGGGCAUAGAUAGCAGAAGUGUUUGUGUAUCCUGCCUUCAACCUUCCCAUAUUGAGAAGCGCACAGUGCCUGCAGUGAAUUACGUCAAGUUUAUGUACAUGUGCUUAAGACAUGCUUAAGACAUGCGUCUAGUGGCAAGCGUCUAACUUGGGUGAAUAUCAUCUUGUAAGCACCACAAACGAUGAAGUGUUCAACUAUUUUCUGCACAGCUCAAGAAGUUGAAGGAGUGAAAGUGUUAACGUGACUGUACAUGGUGGACAUGUUUUUUUCUUCUCUUUCUGCACGUGGACCUUUCUUUCACAUGACCCGCGAUGCAAAGUUGUGGUAGUCAGGACUUUCAUAUGUGACAGCCACGUAGCUGGAUCGUGUGCAACUUCUUGCAGUGUGCUUUGAAGGGGAAUCCCUGUUCUUUGGUUUUCUUCUUGAGCAGGUGACUCGACACGGCGUUGCACACGGUGUUGAAGCAGUCUGAGAAUGUACAUUCGCGUUGUCAUUCUGUAUUUCUGGAACUGUUUCAAAUUUUCUACAAGCUUGUACAGGAGAUUUUCGAUCCUUCUAUACCGUUGGGCAGUUUAUCGACACAAUGUUUGACCUGCAGCCACAUCUGCGGAUACCCUAGAACUACACGUCCCACGACAAAUGUGCUGUUCUUUAAUUUUGCGUUUGUAGCAGUAUACCCAAGUAGACUUGUCCAGUCAGAUUUUACUUAACAUUGAACCAAACAGCGCUGCUUUUUAAUUGUUGUUAUUUUCAAGUUUGAUUCAUUUGUUCAUGGCCUAUAGAAAGAAUUGAAAUCACUGAAGUUACAUACUAUUUCAUUAGGUCUGCUACCAUACCACGCACAUGAGCACUUUUACAAGAGAUGUUUUCAGAUCAUGAGACGAGAAAAGUGCUGCAAGGCAUUGAGCUGCAAACCACCAUUUACAUAGUGAAAAUAUCUUGACUGGUAUGACAUGCAUUUUCAUGAUCGCAUAAUGACGAACAUGUCUUCCCCACAGGUUAUCUCAAGUAACAAUGAUAAAUUGAUAAUGAUAUGAUCAGGUUUGUGGGUAUAUUGCAGUGAGUCAUUGAUCAAGAAGAAAAAAAAAAAGAAAAGAGAAUUGGUGGCAUUCUUGUAUUUUUCAAAGACAAAUGUCUUAUUAUUCCCUAUCUUAUGGUAUGUAUUUUAAAAAUUUGAGCAUGACUUGUGCAAAACCUUCCCUCCCAUGUUCAUUAGGUGCACUACCACUCAAUCAUCAUAAUCAAAAUUUCACAUUGAAGAACAGUAUUUUAUAAAUGUGCUUUUGAAUGUUCUUCAGUAGUCCAACUACUCAAAACAUGAAAUGAAAGAGGCACAGCUGCACAGAUACUUGUGCUGGGUUGCUACAAUUGAAUUCCAUGUAGGAAUUCAACAUUCUUUGAAUGUAUUUGUUAUACACUGUUGUUUGGAAUCACUGAUACCGUAAUAUACCAUUUACAACAUCCCUGGCGAUACACCGAGGACUGUCUGGCAUCAAGCGAAAGAUAGAACGAUACUUUAUGUUGUCAUGAAAGAGAGUUCAACAUGUGAGAUGCAAAGCACAGCCAUGACAUGUACGGGGAUAAAGCACAUAACUAAGACACACACUGCCUUGCUUAUGUUUUUGAGCUGUACAGCUGAUGUUGGCUUGGUGUAGCUUUCGUGAAUGGCUGCCAAGCUGAUGUCGAGAAAACUUUAAAUGUGUGCAUCGGAAACAUGUGUUACAGUGUUGUGUAAUAUCUUCUCACGAAAUAUGACAGGAAUAUGUACACCAGGUAUCAAAAGUAUGGGCACGGGCUAUGCAUGCUUCUUCACCAUACAGCGCCAUCGACCACACCCCUCAAGUCGAAAUUGAAUUGCGAUGUGCCAAACAUUUUCUAACCAAGUAUUUUUGUCGUCCUGAAUAAUGUGCAUUUAUUUUGUGAAACAUGUUACGGCCUGCUGCCAAGGACAAUAAGAACACGGGCAAAAAAGGAAAAAAAAAAAAAGAUAGCUUGCAUAAAAUUCUAUGUGCAAGGUGAAGUAUGCAAGUUCUACUUUGUGUUCAUAUAUCUUGUAGUGUACUCUGCCUAACCGAGGUCUUGCUUCUGUGAAAGAGCAUAGAGUCAUCUUUUUUUGGAGAGAUGCAAAGCUAGUGACAUGAAAUAAGUAUUGUACAUAAUGUUGCAUACCAGCAGGAAUCUGCAGAGUGGACUCUAUAAGGGACGUUGGAAGGGUUGUAAAAAGUCUGAUGAGAAUGUACAAUGAAUGCAUUUUGUAAGUUAAUGAACAAAUAAUAUUUGUUUGACUCUCUCUGUGCGAGAGAUUGGGCUUAGAACUGUUUAUGGAGUUGAAUUCGCAUGCAGGUUUGCGAGCGUGAUGUGAUAUGCGUCUAAACAAAAGAAAAAUGCUAUGAAGUGAACGAGAAGAAGGCAUGACCCUUAAUUGCAGUGUCUUUGUUUCUGUUCUUUUCCAAUAAAAAAAAAAAGUCUGAAAUUGU